UUAUAUCGACAUAGGGUGAGAUUGGUUAAUUCAAUGUCAGGUGUUGUUGUUUUAUUUGCUGCGUACGUUACAUAAACUGUCAAGAAUAUACAGCUAUGUGCUACCGUUCCCUAGCUAACUUUAACGUCCCUGCUCCUGCUGCUAACUGGGAUUGUGUCCUUUUUUAUUUUGAUUGUCUGACAGCUGGGCAUCAUGAUGUCCAUCACAGAUCCAAAUACGAGCGUCAACUUCACUGGUGCAGUCGAAGAAAUCCAUAACAAGCAGCUCAAAACGUACGAGGAGAUAGUGGACACAACUACAGAGCUGUGCCAGUCCCAUAGACAGUUUGUGAAGUCUGCAGUUGAUACAUGUUUAAAGAAAUGUAAGGAUGAUAAGGUGCUGUUUGAGACAAUACAGACAUUCAACAAAGAUUUGCAACUGAAAAAUGCGUCAUUGAGAGAGAAACGUUGUGAUAUUUCUAAAGUGAUAUCCGAGAUUCAGCAGAAGGAGAUGCAGAAAGAUGAUAUUAUUCAGAAGAUAGAACAACUUAAAGAGGAGCAAGCCAAGAGGAAAGACUUAAUUGAGUCUCAAAAUAAAGCAAAUAAAGCCAGACUGAGAAAUCUCCAGAAAGCCCGACAUGUCUUUCAGGAUCAUUUGGGUAUGGAGAUCCGAGCAGUCCUCUGUAAAACACAACUGGUUAGAGGUGAAAGGAUGCAGUUUGUUUUCCGGAAUAUCAACCCGUCAUAUCUGGACAGUGUCUUUGUUGUCACAAUGGGCAUUAAAGAAGAUGGAUCUUAUGAGAUUGUGUCUAGUGACCCAAAGCUUGAGUGUUUGCCCGUCUUGGAAAGUCGGCUUCGGGAGACCAAUCACUUACCAGCAUUCUUGGCAAAUGUUAGGAAGGAGUUUAUCGCUCAGGCACGCAGCUAAGAUUGAAAUAUUGGAAAUGUAGCUUAUUUCUUGUUGCAAUGUGGACCAAUAUAAACAAGAACUGUAUAUUUAAACUUUGGUUCACAUUCCUCUUAUAAAACUAAAAAUGUAAGUAUGUUUUUAAUUUGUAUCGACAGCCCUACAAACAACACACAAUCAAUGCCACUGUAACGCAUUAUCAGGACUAAUGCAUGUAUAUGUGGAUAUACAGUACAUUUACAGGCAAAAAUAAACAAGCCAUAUUAAAUAUUCUGGUGUUCUAAUCACAUCAUUAACUAUCCAGUCUCAUAUUUUCAGAGCAUGGUGAUAUUCUAACAUUUAUUUAGAUGGACAAAAUUGCUCCCUCAACAUGUUUUUCCAAAGUAAGGAGACAAAAACAAAGCAAUUUACAUUGAUGUAAACAGCUAUUAUUUAUUUGUUAUUAACUUUAUUACUCAUGUAUGUCAACCCUAACCCUGGACUCCAUUUUAACGUGUUUAUUCUAUUCAUCUAUUACACUUGUAUUAAAAUCUUGUAAAAUGUCCAGCAGUUGGGCAGCACACAAUGUAUUAAAUAAUAUUUCACCAUUAAAAAGCCAAAUAUAAAGACAGAAUUUAAAAAAUGUAUGAAUUCUGUCAUUGUAAAAUGACUGCAGAGACCAGUAACACAAAUUGUACAUCCUGUCAGUAGAGGAGCACAUGAAGUGAGUGAUUAUCAAUCAUUUUGAAAAAAAAAAAAAUACAUUACUAUCAUUAUUCAGUUCAUUGCAAAUAAUUUGUAUUCACGUAUGUUAUGAGUCUUCCACUUUGUUUUUACAUUGUUUUGUAUGAUAUUUUUUGCUGUGCAUGCAUUGGGUGAGUCAGGUAUCCGAUGAUGUGGCACUGCUUAGCCCAGACAGUUCCUCAACAUAGGCUGAUGGGAAAUGUCCGGUCCGUCCAUUUAGUUUACCAAACCACCACCCCUUCUCCUCUUUUUUGUAAAUGUCCAAAAUAUCUCCUGUGAAAUACAAACAAAUCAGUAUAUCAGUCCGUAUUCACCUCUGUAGUUUUAAAUAAUUUACCGCUCAGCAGCAACUUACCUUCUUUUAAAGUCAACUCAUCAUCUUGUUCAGGUUUGAAAUUGUACAGGGCCUUGCAUUUUCCUAUACUGCAAAACACUUCUGUUGUUUGACCUAUACAAAAAAAUCCAUAUUUGUUAUUGUGUUAAAUUUAUUGUAAAUCUGCAGAUGUGAGCAGAAAUAAACACUUCUGUGUUUGUGUCUGGAAA